AUGCCUUCACACAUUUGUGCUGUACCUUUUUGUCAAUCCAGAAAGAGUGGGACAAUCUCUAUUCAUGGAUUUCCCAAUGAUGUUUCUCUGAGACAUGAAUGGUUGAAUUCAAUAGUGAAGACAACUGGUGUGGAACGGUAUGAGAUUGGAGAAUAUUCUGUCGUCUGCAGCAAACAUUUCACUGAAGAAUACUUCCAUGUUUCCAAAGAUGAAAGGAAACUCCUCAAGAAGGGUUCAUUACCAACAAUUUUUGAACAACCUACUGAAGCUAUCAUGAUGCCAUCAACAUCACAUGGAAGGAUUUUCAGAACCUCAGACUGGGCUUUUUCAGAUGCUGGUUACAACAGAACCAAUACUGAAGGAAUUGUGGAUAAAUCACAGCAUGUUCCUAUGAUGGUAAUUAUGCAAACUAAUAUUUGUUCUUUUAUUUUUAUGUUGAGCAUUUGGUACAAAUUUACAAAGUAUGAUUCAAUUCACAAUAAAUACAGAGUUGCAGACAUUUUUUGA